AUCGAAGGGUCGAGCAGGUACGUUUCAGUAUUGAUACCAGUGAGGGAGAAACUCUGUGCUGUACUUCCACCAACAGCGCAACGGAUUAUCUGAUCGUAUAAUGGCGGUUCCGAAUGGCUGGGGAGCGGCGGAUGUGGAGUCUCCGCCGCCGCUGCGGGAGCCGCUGCUGCAGCAGGAUCAACCGCCGCCGCUUUUGCAGCGAUCGCGGUCGAAUUCGACUUCGCAGGUCGCCGUCGUCGGUUCCAAUCUCUGCCCCGUCGAGAGCCUCGAUUACGAGAUUAUUGAGAAUGAUUUUUUCAAGCAAGACUGGAGGGGUAGGGGGAAGACUGAGAUAUUCCAGUAUAUAUCGAUGAAAUGGAUAUUUUGUUUACUUAUUGGACUUAUUGUGAGUCUCAUCGGGUUCUUCAACAAUCUUGCCAUUGAGAAUAUAUCUGGCAUGAAGUUUGUUAUCACCUCAUAUAUGAUGUUGCAUAGAAGGUUUGGUGUGGCUUUCACUGUAUUUGCGGCUUCAAAUUUUUCCUUGGCAUUGUUAGCGAGUUUGAUCACUGCUUUCAUAGCACCCGAGGCUGCUGGUUCUGGUAUACCAGAGGUUAAGGCUUACCUGAAUGGCAUUGAUGCACCUGCAAUAUUUUCGUUCCGAACUCUGCUUGUCAAGAUAGUUGGGAGCAUAUUAGCUGUGUCCUCAUCUCUUCAUAUUGGAAAAGCAGGGCCGAUGGUCCAUACUGGUGCCUGCAUAGCUGCAAUACUGGGCCAGGGUGGCUCAAAGAAGUUUGGUUUGACCUGGAAGUGGUUACGGGUUUUCAAAAAUGACCGUGAUAGGCGAGAUCUUGUGACAUGUGGAUCUGCUGCAGGGAUGGCUGCAGCUUUUCGUGCUCCAGUUGGUGGUGUGCUGUUUGCUUUCGAGGAAAUGGCAUCCUGGUGGAGAAGUGCUCUGUUAUGGAGAUCUUUCUUCACAACUGCUGUUGUUGCCAUAGUCCUCCGGGCUCUUAUCGAUGUCUGUUUGAGAGGUAAAUGUGGAUUAUUCGGCAAAGGGGGUCUGAUAAUGUACGACGUCACCUCUGCAAAUAUUUCUUACCACCUCUGGGAUGUGCCCCUUGUUAUUCUUCUUGCCGUUAUAGGGGGCAUAUUGGGAAGCAUUUACAAUCUUCUUCUCAAUAAAAUUCUCCAGAUUUACGACAUUAUUAACAAGAAAGGGAUUGCUUACAAGAUACUAUUGGCUUGCGUUAUUUCACUCUGCACUUCUUGCCUUCUAUUCGGACUACCAUGGGUUGCAUCUUGUCAUCAAUGCCCAGCCGAUACAGCAGAGCCUUGCCCGACAAUUGGUCGAUCCGGAAACUACAAGAAGUUUCAGUGUCCACCUGGCUACUAUAACGAUCUGGCAAGCCUCUUCUUUAACACAAACGACGACGCAAUCAAGAACCUCUUCAGCAAAAAUACAGACACCGAGUUUCACAUUUCGUCCAUGUUUAUAUUCUUCGCUUCGUGCUUUUUCCUAAGCAGUUUCAGCUACGGGAUUGUGGUUCCUUCGGGUCUUUUUGUGCCAGUCAUUUUGACAGGUGCAGCCUAUGGGCGUUUAUUCGGAAUGUACGCAGGGUCCACCUCGACUUUAAACCAUGGCCUUUUUGCAGUUCUUGGUUCUGCCUCGCUUCUCGGUGGAUCUAUGAGGAUGACAGUUUCAUUGUGCGUGAUUAUUCUCGAACUAACAGAUAACCUGUUACUCCUCCCACUUAUAAUGCUCGUUCUCCUAAUUUCGAAAACCGUGGGCGAUGUAUUUGACGCGAAUAUUUACGACCUCAUCAUGAUUUUGAAGGGCUUCCCUUAUUUAGAAUCUCACGCAGAGCCAUACAUGAGGCAGUUGACUGUCGGUGAUGUUAUUACAGGCCCACUUAAAACCUUUCAAGGCAUCGAAAAAGUCGGUAAUAUAGUGCAUGUACUCAAAACCACAGGGCAUAACGGGUUUCCUGUGGUAGACGAGCCUCCGAUAUGUUCCUCCCCUGUGCUGUUCGGUUUGAUUCUCCGAUCGCAUCUCGUCACUUUGUUGAAAAAGAAAUUGUUCUUGAGAAAUCCCGCACCGUUAGGGUUGGACGCGUUUUUACAGCUGACGGCCGAUGAUUUUGCAAAGAAGGGUUUGGGGCAUGAUGAUCGGAUUGAGGAUGUGGAAUUGUCUGAAGAAGAGAUGGAAAUGUUUGUCGAUUUGCAUCCUUUUACUAACAAAUCACCGUACACUGUUUUGGAGACAAUGUCAUUAGCCAAAGCGCUGAUACUUUUCCGAGAAGUCGGUUUAAGGCACCUGCUGGUAAUUCCAAUGGUUUCGGGGGUUCCAGUUUUGGGUAUAUUGACGAGGCACGAUUUCAUACCAGAGCACAUACUGAAGUUACAUCCGAAAUUGUAUCGAAGCAGAUCAAGAAGAUUGAGAUUUCAACUGCCUAAGUUCAGAUAACGACUUGUUUACAGAAAUUUACCAAAUGAAAAGCACGUCGACUAUUCUUUUUCUCAUGAUACGUCAAUGUGACAGGUGUAUACAUAAAUUUAUUCUUAAAUAUUUCACAUUUAAAAAUCCAAUGGUGGCGGUUCGUGGAAACCUUCAGCAGUCGAUACCGUGCUGACGAAAAAUCGGAGGCUGAGCGACUUUAUUUAUUUCAAUCCCACAUUGUUUCACUUGCUUUGCUUUAGUUUACUGUUAGCUUAGAAGGGCCUUUUCUUUUUUUGUUUUGAUAAAUAACUUGAACGGCUUCAUAAAGACUCGUAUAUACACACUCAUCGUUAACUUACGUCGUUUUUGUGGCAUCUGUUUAUUGGU